AUGGCUACGCCCAAGACCAAGCACGACUGGGCCGACGACGAAGACGUUGAGGAGACGUCGACCGAGCUCCCCGCGCCCCAGACCAUCAGCAACAAGGACGGCACCAAGACGAUCAUCACCUUCCGCUACAAUGACCAGGGCAAAAAGGUGAAGAUGACCCGCCGCAUCCGCUAUACGACGCACACCGAAAAGGUGAACCCGCGCGUCGCCGACCGCAAGACGUGGUCCAAGUUUGGUCUCAGCGCCAAGGACCCGGCCGGUCCUGCUCCCGACACCACCUCGGUCGGCGAGAACAUCAUCUUCCGCCCCAGCACGAACUGGCGCAAGGACGAGAAGGAGGCGGGCGAGGACCCCGGCGCCCAGGCCCUCAAGGACAAGCUCAAGGACAAGCAGGUCAAGUGCCGUAUCUGCAACGGCGAGCAUUUCACGGCCCGCUGUCCCUACAAGGACACUAUGGCGCCCGUCGGUGCCGACGGCGCCGACGUCGCUGCGGGCUUGCCGGACGACCCCGCCCCGCGGCUGGCGGCGCCGGAGAAGGGCAGCUACGUUCCGCCUGCGCUCCGGGCUGGCGCGACUGGCGGCGCGGGUGCGGGUGAUAGGAUGGGAGGCAGCAAGUACGGCGAGCGGGACGACCUCGCCACGCUGCGUGUCACCAACGUUUCGGAGAUGGCAGAGGAGCAGGAGCUGCGCGACAUGUUCGAGCGCUUCGGACGCGUCACGCGUGUGUUCCUCGCCAAGGACAGGGAGACGGGACUGGCCAAGGGCUUUGCUUUCAUCAGCUUUGCGGACCGGGGCGACGCCGUCAAGGCCGCGGCCAAGAUGGACGGUUUCGGUUUCAAGCACUUGAUUCUCAGAGUCGAGUUCGCCAAGAAGGCGGCCUAA